GAAAAAUCUUUGUCUAAUGAGCCAAGGAGUGUCCUGCUUAGGUUAUAUGGCGCCAUUCUACAGGACUGAAGCCCAAAACUGCACUGCAUACUCAAGGUGAGCAUUAUCAGGGGCAAAUUAUGUUUUUGUCCCUUGAGUUAAUUCCUUUUUUAUGCACAACAAUUUUAUUUGCUUUAGUAACCACUGCGUGAAAAGUUUUGUUACUGCUUAAUAGAAAGAUGAUUAUAUUAAAAUUAAAAUAAGUAGAAUUUAUUCCAAAACUACAUUUUAUUUUUGUUUUAAAAAAUUAUGUAUGUUUCCUGUUUUAGUGAAAGCAGCAGAAACACAAACCUUCUAUAUACAUUUACAUAAUAUACUUCCCAGUCUGCAGUUGUUAGGAUUUCUUGUUAAUAUUGUGCUCUAUUUUCAAUAAUGAGAAAACUGACUUGUGGGUGAUGAGUGAAAACCCAAAUUAUUCAAAAAGAAUUUAUUUUUUUUGUUGCACAUUACAAAUGAGAAAAUGACCACCUAGGGGCCCAUGACUGGUUUCUGUAAGGGUGUCCCUCUAGCUUAGUUAAAGUACCACAACAACAAAGGAGCUAUAAUAAAUUUGGGCAAACUGUGUAUGUGGUCUGGCAGCAUGUUCCAGGUAAUAUUGAAUAUAUAAAAGUAAACACACAUAUAGGCUUCAAAAUGUAUUUGUUAUAUGCUUGCAGCCUACUAAAAACUGUCCAAUUCCCUUGGCCUCUGGCUGCUGCCUCACUCAUCACUAUUAUAGUCUAUUGCUGCAUUUCUCUGUGCACGCCCAAAGGAUGAAAACAUUGUUAAAAUGGGAUUCUGCUUGGCAUAUGGCCAUCUAGAGAGGAGGGUAGGGGGCGGAAUGCUGGCACUGAAUUGUGGAGCAGUAAUUGGCAGAGAUUACUCUAUUUUAGUUUUAACACUGUAGGGCCCUGUCUAAAGUGUAGCAGAAUUCUUAAAGGGAAUUUUCAAGAUUGGCUGACGAAAGUUCCACACAGUAAAAUGAAGUAACCAGUUCCAAAGUGCAAGCUGUUGGAGCAAUGUGGCAUGGACUUUGGUACUGUUGAGAUUUCCUUGCUUACUGUAUCCUUUGUUGCUAAUCACAUUUUUUUGGCUUUGUUCCUUGAACUUUAAUCCCAUCUAAAGAGGGCAAAGAAAUGCAAGAAUGGAAUGCUUUUAUAGUGUUUACAUUUGAAUGAGUUGUCUAUGGGUUUGUUGUCAUACUGUUAAUAUAUUUACCUAGGUUAAUUGAAGUUCUGGAAUUUCUUGAGUGACUUCUAACAUACUUUUAUUUAACAGUAUGUAAAACAGCAUCCCACACACACAUUUGGGCAAGGGCACAAUAAGGGUCUGCUUCUCCCCACCUAUGUUUUGUAAGCAGGCAGAAAGAAGUGCAGUUUGUUCCUAUACACCUCGGUCUAGCUGCACAAAACCACCUACAAACAGCAGGGGGGAGAGAGAAGCAGACCCUAUGCUUUUUGUGCCCUCGCACUUAGGCUACGGUCAAACUGCAAAGAAUGCAUUGUCACUCCAAUAUCCACUCUGUCUGCACCCGAAUGCUGUUCCUGCAGGUGGAGAAACAGUGGAGGUGAGUGGUCUAGCCAUAGCAAUAUAAAAAUAGCCCUCAAACUAAUAAGAUUCAACUUUGCCCCAAUUUUUUUUUUUUUAAAGUUACAUUUCAAAAAUGUGGUUUAGCACACAAGCACUUGUUAACAGUUGAAAAUAGUGGACGAGAACUGGUGGGCCAGAAUAAGUUCAAAAUUUGUGUUUUCACAAAUGUGUUUUUUACACAGUACAUUGAUAUCAAAAUUUAAAUAGGCACUUUGUGUUUGGGCAAUAUGAACUUAAUAUGCAAAUAGCUUCACUUAAAAUGUGAUUGAAUCUUAGCUUUUAGUGUAUUUUUACAUUUGUUUUUGAGUGAUCCUCAUAGUCAAUUUUGUAGCCAUUCAUAAGUGUAAGUUGGCAAUCAUGUUUUUUCAUUGGGAAAUGCACUUGCCAUUAAAUCCGACUUAGUCUCCUACCCACAAAUACCUUCUGAUAAAACUAUAAUAUUUAAACUUUGCUUAAUGCAUUGAUAUUAUUUAGUUUAGUAUAUAUAAUCUUUUAGUUACAAAACGGUUGCCUAAUAUGCCCUUGCAGGCAACAGGGCAACCAUUCAUGGUCAUAAAUGGCACCACUUAAUGCAAGAGACCUGCACGAAUGUGGUGUGGUGGGCAUUUUAAUGUAACUCGAAGUUUGUAGUCAUUGGCACGUCCUAAAAAUGAAAGUAUAAUGUUUAUGCUGGCUGAAUCUAAACUUGUCAGCCUUUUUGCAUGGAUUCAGAUGUCAGUGGCAACACAUCAUCAAGCUCCAUUUACAGUGACUGUGAAACUUGAUGGCUGUUCUUUAUACAAUAUUUUACAAUGGUCUACUCUUAAUUACUCUUCUCUAAAUAUGGCCUGGCAGAAAUUGCCUUUUUUUUUUUUUAAAUUAAAAAAAAUGUAAAUCUAAAGUACAUGCUUAACAUUUUAUCCUUGAGGCAAACUUGAAAGAUUUUCCUUAUAGAUAUACUUGCUGUGUAACUGAGGGCAAGUUUUUCCUGUAUAUGACAUUUUAAAAUGGGUUAACCCCUGAUUUUAAUCUUCAUCUGAUCACAAAAUGGUCCUGGAUAUCUAAUUUCUGAAAUCUUUCCAUAUAUUUCGGUUUCAUUGGCAAAUCAUUUAUACAAAGUAAUUUGUAUUUAAGGUUUAUUGUGCCUUUCAGAGGUAUUUUUCGGCCACAGUCUGGUUAAACUGCGAACAUUGUGAUUUGAUUUCCCAGUUCCCUUUGAUUACAUUUAGCUGUGCCAAAUUCUAAAAAAAAGUGGCAGUAUCUUUAGCAUGAUGCUUGUAAUGUUACGGAUAUCAGCAAUUAUAAUACUAUUAUGAAUUGAUAACAUUAUUCUGCAUAGUAUAAAUGCAUUGAAUGCUGAAAUACUUACAUUGGAAGACUCUGUAGCUACUGUAACUGAACUUUGAGAGGCUUAAAAUUGCAUCUUUUUCAGGUGAAUAUGGGGGGGUGGGCUCUAUGUGGGUGGAGAUGCAAUCUUGCUGGGGUGGGUGUUUUACCUCUUUAGUUGUAUGUGCAUGUGUUCUUUGCUGCAGGCGUACCCAUACGAUCGUGCCUUUCCAGGUGACAGACACGAUAUACGGAGUUUUUGUACUCAUUGUAUUAAAGAUGUCUUGUAACAAAGGUGAAAAUCAAGAGACUCAAAGGCAGAAUUUUUUCCAAGGUGCAGAGGCCAUGGUGAUGGAAAGUGUAAUGUUUGCCAUUUUGGCUGAGAGAUCUCUCGGUCCCAAACUGUAUGGAAUUUUUCCACAAGGACGCCUUGAGGAGUUUAUACCAAGUAGGAAGCUGGAGACCAGUGAACUGAGCCUUCCAGACUUAUCUGCUGAAAUAGCUGAAAAAAUGGCUCGUUUUCAUGGCAUGAACAUGCCAUUCAACAAGGAACCAAAGUGGCUUUUUGGGACAAUGGAAAAGUAUCUGCAGCAAGUUCUGAAGAUUAAGUUCACAAGGGAAUCCCACACCCGCAAGCUGAAUAAAAUUUUAGCUUAUGAUCUCUCCAAAGAAAUGAGGAGCCUGAGAUGUCUGCUGGAAGCCACUUCUUCACCUGUUGUAUUUUGUCACAAUGACUGCCAGGAAGGUAACAUCCUUCUGUUGGAUGGAAGGGAGAAUUCAGAAAAGCAGAAGCUUAUGCUCAUUGACUUUGAAUACAGCAGCUACAAUUACAGAGGAUUUGAUAUCGGGAAUCAUUUCUGUGAAUGGAUGUAUGAUUAUACAUUCGAAAAGUUUCCCUUCUUUAAAGCGACCUUCUCCAAAUACCCAACAAGGAGACAGCAGAUUCACUUUGUUAACAGUUACUUGACAGAGUUCCUGCCUGGGUUUGAAAACAUUAGCAAUGAAGAGCAGAGCAAAUUGGAAAAUGAAUUGUUAAUUGAAAUUAACAGGUUUGCUCUUGCAUCUCACUUUUUCUGGGGUCUUUGGUCCAUUGUGCAAGCUAAAAUAUCCUCAAUUGAAUUUGGAUAUAUGGAGUAUGCUAUGGCAAGAUUUGAUGCUUAUUUCCAACAAAAAAGAAAAUUGGGACUAUAAUGUGUUAGCUGAGUGGAGACAUUCCCUGGAAAAUUUCCAGCUUUAAGUUAUAGCCUUGCAACACCUUUAGGUGUGAUUCACUGGAAUGUGAUGGUUUGUACACACUGCCCAUGUGUAAGCAACUCUGAAAUGGAUGGGGCUACAUUCUCCCUGUAGCCAAAGAGUGAACAUUUAAAGCACUAAGCCAACAGCCAAAUGGAACAGAAACAACAGCAAAAUAUAUGAAAUAUGCCUCUUUGUGAAACCAAGUUAAAACACAACUUUUUCUUUUUUUAAUGAGUUUACCCUCUAAGGGCAAGAACAGACUUUUUUUUUUUUUCCCGUCCAAAAAAAGUUGAGUUGAAACUAGCGAAAUAUUUUUGUGUUGUUCAAAAACCUUUUGUCCUGUAUUGUACAUAAUGUAUAUAUUAAAUACUGUAAUAUUUAUAUGCUGAAGAUUUCCAAAAUGUGAAAUGAAGCUGCCAUCUCUGCUGUUUUAAAAUGGUGUUUAAACACCUGAUUCUGCAGCCUAGGGCUGUGACUUUAUAUUUUAGUUUUGAAUGCUAAAGUAUCAAAUACACAACCGUGGUACUUUUUUCAGGGGGAAGAUUUCAGUAUUUCGAGACUUCAGACUUUGAGUUGGUCAGAAAAGCUAACAAACUCUAUCAGAUAAUUGGUUUGAUGGAAAAAAAAUGUCUUUUGUAUUUUCCCCCGUGCCAUUACGAAGACUAGCUUGAGUUUGAGUACUGUUUGUGCCAUUAUUCCAGUUUUUCUCUUGUAAAACUGACAUAAAUCCGAAGGAAAGGAUUAAUCUGUGCCAAUUUGUAAAGCAGCCCCAGUGAUUUUAAUUUCUUGCCUCAGGUACCGGGCUAGCACAGCUCUUCAUCCCUGGCCCAGGGUUCUAUUCAGGGGAGCACCGUGCCUCCAUCUUCUUUACUUUCCCAAGGAGCCCUGCCCUACGCUGAGCAUAUGCUCAGUACACUAAAAUUUAAACUUUAGUGCAAGAAGCUCAAUUUUUGCUCUAUUACAGCCUAUGGCAGUACCAAAGAUCCUAGAGAUAGGAAAGAAGCUGGCAGCCUGGUGCUAUCUAAGGGAACCUUGGACCAGUGUUUCACAGCGAAGAGCAAUGGCAACUCAGAGUCUGAGGUAAGCAAUUAUAACCACUGAGGGGUGUGGUUGGGUCACAGUUGCAAAGAUGACUCCCCAACUUAAUCUCCACCCAAAAAGUAACAAGCGCUGCAGUGUUAGUUGGUGAUUUGUAAGUUGAAAGCUAGCAACGUGCACACCCAAAAUACACAACUUAAUUAUAGAAAUGCAGCCCUAUCUCAUUAAAGGUAAGCUGAAGAACCUUUACACACCGAAGGAGAGUCAUGAGCUGACUUUUUUUUCCAGUUUUAAGAUCAUAUUCAUUGCAGUCCAUAAAGUACUAGUUAUUGGAUCACCCUACAUGCAGAUCUAGAAAUGUCUAAAUCUUCACAAAUGUAAAUGCUGUAGCUUUCCCCACUUUGACAAGUACCCUCUGUGGAUACAAUAUCACUGGAUCCACACCAUUUGCUAUUAAAGGUAUAGUAUAGUUUUUGAUAGCUAUAUAUGUCCUUUUCAAUGUGACAUCUAAUCGGUGAUUUAUGUUUCCUGCUUAGAUAUGAAUGUGAAGUACAAUGUGAAACUUACUUUGUCUGUGAAAUGUAUAAAGGUAGAGGAGGGGGAGUGUUUACAUUUUGCUGGUAGAGGUAAAUCCAGCAUGACCACAAAGGAGGUUAAAUAAAUGUGGUUAAAACCCUCCAAACAUCAUAAAGACUUGGAUACAAGUUUAAAAGCUUUUUUUUUUUUUUACCUGCUGUUAACUAUGUAUCCUGAAAUGUAUUAAGUCUUCUGUAAUUUCUGUUUAAAACAACAAUGUUAUUUUUCUUUUGCUUCUUUUCAAUGUUCAACACUGAAAAAAAGAAAUCCCAUCUUUAAUACCAUGUAUUGUCAGAAAUCAAUGAAUGAACUUGCAUUUUUUAAGUGAUUAAAUAUUAUUCUUAUUAGUUCAGAAUGUUUUUAUGUACAGUGGGAUGUAUGUGAGCCAGUCGGUUUUUCAAUUUAUAAUGCAACCCAUCGAAUAUCAGAUGUAGUCAUUUCGGUUCUGACUUUGGACAUUGCUGUCUGAGCAUCUUCUGUUCCCACAGCUGGGAGACAAUUACACUGGCCACACAGAGGCAGAAAUGAGGAUAUUCUGGCAGAUGCAAUGUGGCACAUGUAUGGCCCCGUUUAUUUCACAGUUGGUCAGUGUUAUGAUUUAUGCUGUUUUGGGGCAAUGUUCAGAUCACCUUUAUUUUAGCUGAUGUUGCUGUGAGGAUGCUGGGCCAAAUUGUGCUACUACUAUUCUAUACUACUGAAUAGAAUGCUAAGCUUGUGGCCAAGGUUACUGCCUGGGACUAUGAAAAUCAGUGCUAACAUUUUGUUGGCAUUGCUACCGUACAUUUGACCAAAACUGUAUUUCCUGCCCUUUUCUUUUGAAACGCCACAUUUCUGCUUUUUCUAAAGAAGAAAUAACUGCUCCAUGCAAUCCCAAAGUUACAUGCUUUCUAUGUAUUUUAAUUUGGGAUAUGUAAAUUGUAUACAUAUUUACUUUAACACUACUAUGUACUUAUAAGAAGCAAACAUCUGUAUGUUUAAAAUAUAGCAUGCUUGAUACCAUUUAUCUUUGACCAUUGCCUUGUAUCCAAAGGCAGUUUGGGCUAUUUAACUUGUACAUUACUGGGAGUUUUUUGGUUGUUUUUAACAAAAAUAAAACUAACAAUACAAACAUACUGUGCUGUGUAACUUUUUCAGUUUUCAUUUACUUAUGUCUCUAACAUCACCAGUUAUUACUUUUCAAUUUCAUGUCACAACUCACAUGUUUUAGUACAUUCUGCUGUAACCACAAAUGGUGAGAUAUACAGAUUUUUAGCAACAGAGGUACGACAUGUUGUCCGAGCUGCAGCCUUGUGAGAUAUUUAAGCUUCCUCUAAAAAGGCAGACUUUACAAUGUAUGGUAUUCUUGUUUCUACUUUAAACAUGCAUGUACAGAUCUGCUCAUUUGGCGAUACCAAUACCUUGAGGCAGAUCAGAUUGAUUGGUUCAAGGGUCAAACAAUCUGAUCACAAUGCAGUAACAACAUGCUGUUGGGGUGAGGCCUGCAUUAAUGACCUGCUCUCCUCCUGUGCUCCUCGCCCUGAUGGGAUUUUUUUAAACCUACCUGAUUGACAUCUGGCUAGUAAUUGUCCAGAUAUUAGUUGGGGUGGCCCCUUGAAUGGGCCCUAUACACAGCCCAAUAAGCUGCUGACCGUCUGUCACCAUCUUUAUAGGCCCCGAAUAUAGCCACCUUUAGUCUAUAAAGGCCCUGACUGGGAUUUUAAGUACUGGUACAUAGUACAAUGAAUUUCAAAGUGUGUGUUUGAAGUGCUUAUAGUGAAAUGCAGGGGUAUUCCUAGUCCAGAUAGGGUAGAGAGUGAUGUGUAGUCUGGGGACGGUGAGAAACCCCAAAAAGGUUCCAGAGUGUGAAGGUUACCCUGGAAGGUAAGAGUCCCAGAGAGAGGACAAGCCUUGAAUAUGUUUUGUUGAAAUGCUACAGAACUGUGUUCUUGUGAUGCUUAUGUUGGGAAGAAUUUGUCACAAAUAAACCUGUGUUUUUGCCA